AUGGUCAAAAAUCCAACUCUUCAACAGGCAUAUUGUGAAUUCAUGACUGAGUAUGAAUCACAGGGUCACAUGGUAAAAGCAUCACCUGUUGAAGACCAUUCUAAGUGUUAUUAUUUACCACAUCACAGUGUCAUAAAAGAGUCGAGUACAUCAACAAAAUUGAGAGUUGUAUUCAAUGGUUCACAAAAAACAAAUACAGGGGAAUCAUUGAAUGACAACUUAUACGAGGGUCCAAAGUUAUUAAAUUCUCUGGUAUCAGUCCUGACACAGUGGAGAAAGUCACGUUUUGUCUUUUCUUGUGAUAUCAGAGAUACACUCGACUCACCAGUUCAAGAGUAUGAGCUUACCACGGUAACUUAUGGUACCAAGCCAGCCCCAUUCCUGGCUUUGGCUACAUUGAGACAGCUUGAACUGGAAGAGGGAGAUAAGUUUCCACUUGUAAAGUCGGCAAUAUCACAAGGAUCAUAUAUGGAUGAUAUAUAUGUUGGUGCUGACAAUUUACAAGAAGGAAUUGACAAGGCUGUACAAAUUCAAAAGAUGCUUUACUCUGGUGGUUUUGAAUUGCGAAAAUGGAUAAGCAAUUCAAAGGAGUUACUAUGUAAUAUCCCAAAGGAUUUCCACGAGAAAUCAACCAACCAUUUGAGUGAAGAUCAUGAGAUUUUCAGGACACUUGGGCUUAACUGGGAUACGACGUCUGACUGUUUUAGUUACAUUCCUAUAACAUUCAAGGAGCCUAAAACAGUUACUAAAAGAGUCGUGUUAGCUCAAGUGGCUCAAAUUUUUGACCCACUUGGCUGGAUUUCCCCAGUAGUUGUAAAGGUUAAAUUAUACAUGCAGUCAUUGUGGAAAAUCAAACUUGAUUGGGAUGAGCAAAUUCCUGAGAAUUUAUUGGGUCCAUGGAGAGAUUUUAUCUCACAACUGAGUCAUUUGUCACAGAUAAAAAUACCACGGUGGUUGAAUAUCACACCAACAGUCACUUCAAUGGAGAUUCAUGGAUUUGGUGAUGCAUCUGAUGCAGCAAUUGGUGCUGUGGUUUACUUGGUGACUAUUGAUUCUCUUGGUGUUGCUAAGAGUACUAUAAUGGCAUCCAAGUCGAAACUUGCACCUAUCAAAUCAGACUCCAACAGCUCCAAUAAGUAA